AUGCCAGAGGCGAUCCCUCCGCUGCCCGCCUACGAGCUGACCGAGGUCCCCAGCCUGGUCCCCGGCCUCGACGACUUCUACCUGUCCCUGAUCGUGCCCAUCGUCGGCUACUGGGUCGUGUCCAUCUUCUUCCACAUCGUCGACGUCUACGACAUAUGGCCCCAGUACCGACUGCACACCCCCGCCGAGAUCGCCUCGCGCAACCGCGCCACCCGCUACGAGGUCCUCCGCGAUGUUCUCCUGCAGCAGGUCAUCCAGACGGCCGUGGGCGCCGCCCUGGCCUUCAUGGAUCCGCCCCAGCUCCAGGGCAAGGAGGAAUACGACAUUGCCGUCUGGGCCACCAGGAUCCGGAUUGCGCAGAGGGCCCUGCCUGCUGUCUUGAGCGUUCUGGGCAUCAAUGCCGUCACCAUGGCCAAGAACAUGUCGGCAUCCCACCCCCUCCUGGCCGGCGCGCUCUCUGGCGGGCACUACCCUUUCCUCACGACCGGGCUUGCUGGGCCUGAUGGCGCCGCCGUGCCCGCCUUCGCUGCCUGGGAGAUGGCCGUUGCCAAGGCCAUCUACUGGCUGGUCAUCCCUGGCAUCCAGUUCCUCGUCGCCGUCACCUUUGUCGAUACCUGGCAGUACUUCUUGCAUCGUGCCAUGCACAUGAACAAGUGGCUGUACACUACCUUCCACUCGCGACACCACAGGCUCUACGUGCCGUACGCCUACGGAGCUCUUUACAACCACCCGUUCGAGGGUUUCCUGCUCGACACCGCGGGUGCCGGCCUCGCCUACAUGCUUUCUGGCAUGACCGCGCGUCAGGGCAUGGUGUUCUUCACCGCCUCGUCCAUCAAGACGGUCGAUGAUCACUGCGGCUACGCCCUUCCCUGGGAUCCGCUACAGCACCUUUCCGGCAACAACGCUGCGUACCACGAUAUCCACCACCAGAGCUGGGGUAUCAAGACCAACUUUUCCCAGCCCUUCUUCACCUUCUGGGACAGACUGCUGGGCACCAUGUGGAGGGGCGACACGACUUUGAAGUACGAGCGAUCAAGGAGGAACGCCGAGGACGCCGUGGCCGCCGAAGCCAAGAAGACGAAGGCCUUGUGA